AGCAACCUGGGUCAUUCGAUCGGAGGAUGAUGUGAAGUUUACGUCCCGCCCUGCUGACAUUGUCGACGACCUCAUCUUGUUGCCACCACCUGCCUUUAGUGAGCGAGCCAUACGGAAAGAUUGACGAUAGUCGAAAGAGGCCAGGAAAGCAACCGGGAAACCAAAAAGGCCAAGAGCGAAGAGCGAAGAGUGUGGCGUCGCCAAACAUGACGGCGUCUGCUUCCUCCACAGCAUCGACGGCCGACGAACGACAAGAGACGUACGAAAAGGACCAACAGAGGACAUUACAGACCAAGCUUUCGUCGGACGAUGAGAAGCUGUCGGAAAAGAAGGACUCUGACGGCGAGGAUGACGUUGAAGCGCAAGAGCUUUACAAGUAUAAUCCCGGCGACCGGGGCUUUGUGCACGUCAAGAAGCGGCAGCGCUUCUAUCAGCUAUGGCGACCUAAGGAGCUUCCUGCUCCGCCACCGUUGUCGCUCGACGAUGCCAAACUCAUCCCACUCGAGAACGCCAACUGGCUCUCCAUCAUCACUUACCAAUGGGCGCAGCCGAUCAUGGUACUGGGUUACCAGCGCGCCCUCGAAGCGACAGACCUCUACAAGCUUGGCGAGAGACACUCGGCCAAGGUACAGAGCGAGGAACUGCUGAGGCUCUGGGACAAACGCGUCCAAGAUGCAAAGGCGUGGAACAAAGCGCUUGUUGAUGGGAAAACGCCCGUCACAGCUGGGAUGCGGUUCAAGUGGGGCCUCAACAAUGCUUGGCUCCAAGUCACAGCACGGUCCAACCAGAAGCUCUCGAUUGAGGAGCGAGAAAAGAUCUGGCGAGCGCCACCGGUGGCUUUGCCAAAGCGCGCUGGGGCAGCGACGUCGGGCGAUGGUGUGCAAGACGCAGCGGCAAAAGCGGCGACGCAAAAGGCAGCAAGGCUGCGAAAGCUGAGCGGCCACAAGGAGCCGCAGAUCUACUCUGCUCUCAUCGAGAUGUUCCGCAAGGAGCUAUUCAUUGGCUCUCUCUUCAAGAUUACCGGUGAUGUUGCGCAGAUGACAUCGCCCCUCCUCGUCCAUGCCAUCAUCAACUUUGGUCAGGCCACCUAUCUCCACCGCAAGCUCCCGGAGCAGUAUCCCAACCAGCCCAGCACGGGUGAAGGCGUGGGCUAUUCGAUUGCCCUCUUGAUCCUACAGGUCAUCAUGAGCAUUGGCCAGCACCAGUUCUUCUUCCGUUCCAUGUCCGUCGGUGUCCACGCUCGCGCCACACUCAUCUCGGCCCUCUUUACGCGCAGCAUGAAUCUGCCUGGCAAGGACCGAAGCCCUGGAAAGCUGCUCAACCACGCCUCGACGGACUGCAGCCGAAUCGACUUUGCAGCACAGUGGGGUGUGCUUGCCUUCAUCAGCCCCAUUGCCUUUCUUCUCUGCGUCGGCCUGCUCAUUGGCCAGAUCCAGGAGUCUGCUCUCGUCGGUGUCGCUGUGCUGCUCAUGUUCGUGCCUAUUCAGGGUGUGACAAUGAAGAGCAUGUUUGGUGCCAGGCGUGCCUCGAUGGUUUGGACAGACAAGCGGAGCAAGCUCAUCAACGAGCUCCUUUCGUCGAUCCGUGUCGUCAAAUCGUUUGCGCAGGAGUCCAAGUUCCUCGAGAGGCUUGCCUUUCUCCGGAGGAAGGAGCUUCUGGGCAUCCGGAAGCUUAUCAUUGUUCGCUCUCUCAACAACGCAAUCGCCUUUUCGCUGCCCGUCAUCUGCGCCGUCGUCUCCUUCAUCGUGUACAACGCCAUCGGGAACGGCCUCAACCCGGCAAGGAUCUUCACUGCCCUGACGCUGUUCCAGCUUCUUCGCUUGCCACUCAUGUUCCUCCCGCUGUCCUUCAGUGCGCUGACGGAUGGCUACAACGCCUCGCUGCGACUCAAUGCUGUCUUUAGCUCCGAGCAGCUCGCCGAUCAGUCGGAGAGGGAUCCGGAGGCCAAGUUCAGCCUGGAGUUGCGGAAUGCCACCUUCGAGUACGACGAGGUCAAGAAGCAGGAUGAUGCUCCAAAGUCGAAGAAGCAGCUGGCGGCCGACAAGAAGAAGAACAAGAAGCUGGCCAAGGACCACGCCGCAGGCUCGGGCACUGCGACGCCUACGAAGAAGGCGGACCGAUUGAGAAAGUCGUGGGCUGGCAUGGGCAGUGGACAUCAGACGCCUGUGAACAAAUCGACGACGGACCGCGACGCGCAGCCGAAUGAGCAGCAGGCGGAGCAGGCCGCAGACGUGAUUUCCGGCGGCGACAAGAGCGAGGCUGUUGCCGGACUCAACCAAGUGGGACCACAGAUUACCGACGCCGCGGCCAAAAGCGACGAGGCAGAGACGGCGCAUGUCGAGAAGCCGUUCCACCUGGAAAAUCUCAACAUGCACAUCACGCCCGGCGAGCUCGUCGCCAUUGUCGGACCCGUCGGCUCGGGCAAAUCUACCGUGUUUGAGGCCCUCGUUGGCGAAGUCAAGAUGACGUCGGGCAGGCUUAUCUGGGGCGGUGGCGCCGGCAAGAUUGCCUAUUGCCCCCAAUCACCGUGGAUUCAGGCCGCGACUGUGCGUGAGAACAUCCUUUUCGGUCGGCCAUUUGACGAGGAGCGCUACUGGGAGGUCAUCCACCGUGCCGAGCUUGAGUCAGACCUUCUCAUUUUGCCUCAGGGUGACGAGACCGAAAUCGGCGAAAAGGGAACGACGCUGUCCGGCGGACAAAAGGCUCGCGUCACGCUCGCCAGGGCCCUUUACUUCGACGCAGACACAUACCUGCUCGACGACCCAUUGAGCGCAGUCGACCCUCACGUUGGCAAGGCGCUCUUCAACAAUGCAAUUCUCGGACUCAAGCAACAGGGAAAGACUGUCCUCCUGGUCACGCAUGCGAUUCAUGUCUUGCCUCACGUCGACCGCAUCAUGACCAUGCAGGACGGUGAAAUUGUCGAGAUGGGCACCUAUACCGACCUCGAGAAGGCCAACGGGCCUUUCAGCCGGCUGGUUGAAGAGUUCGGUGGUGAGCAGGAGGAGGAAAAGGAGAAGCGAGACGAAAACGAGGACGAGGCGAUCGAAGAUGCCGCUCAAGGCGGCCGAAAGAAGAGGAUCGCGCGAUCGAGGAUGACAGACGUCUCGGGAAAGAAGGCACUGCUGGCCAUGGAGGAGAGGAACACAGGCUCGGUGGGAGGCAACGUGUGGGCUGGCUAUCUCAAAGCUGGACACGGCUGGAUUCUGGUGCCUGCGCUGCUGUUCGCCAUUGCCCUCAUGCAGGGCGCUACCGUCAUCAAUUCUUACUGGCUCGUCUGGUGGCAGCAGGAUCAAUUUGAGCAAAGCGCAGGCUUCUACAUGGGUAUCUACGCCGCACUGGGUAUCGCACAGGCCAUUGCUACGUUCCUCAUGGGUGCCUCGGUGGGCAUCUUCACCUACUAUGCGGCACGCAACCUGCACGCAGACGCCAUCAAAAGGAUCCUGUAUGCGCCGUUGAACACCUUCUUUGACGUGCAGCCAAAAGGAAGAAUCAUGAACCGUAUGACAAAGGACAUUGAUACGCUCGACAAUCUUCUACCCGACAGCGCAAGGAUGGCGACGUCAACAUUGGGUAGCGUAGUUGGCGCAAUCAUCCUCAUUACGGUCCUCACGCACUACUUCAUCGCUGCUGUUGCCGGCGUGAUGAUUUUCUACGUUCUCGGAUCCAUCGUGUACCGCCGUGGCGCGCGAGAGGUCAAGCGUCUCGACGCCGUUCUUCGCUCAGCACUCUACUCGCACUUUUCUGAGACGCUUGUCGGACUGGCCACGGUUCGAGCCUAUGGCGAAUCGGGCCGUUUCCUCCAGGAUCACCUCCGCCACGUCGACAUCGAGAACCGUGCUUACUUUUUCAGCAUCUGCAACCAGCGCUUCCUCGGUGUACGUCUCGACUUCCUUGGAGCGAUUCUCGUCUUCAUCACGGCCAUUCUCGCUUCGGUGGGCGCAAACACCAUCACGCCCAGUGAGGUUGGUCUCGCCCUGUCAUUUAUGCUCACCGUCAGCCAGGCCUUUUCCUGGGCGACGCGUCAGGUGGCCGAGGUGGAAAACGACAUGAACAGCGCAGAGCGGAUUCAGUACUACGCCACGGAGCUGCAGCAGGAGGCGCGGCAGGACACGCCCAAAGAAGUCAUGGAUCUCGAUCCGGCUUGGCCGAAGCAGGGCGCCAUUGAAUUUGAGAAUGUCAAGCUUCGCUACCGGCCAGGCCUGCCCAUUGUGCUCAAGGGCAUCGACAUGUCGAUUGGCGCUGGCGAAAAGACUGCUGUGGUGGGCCGCACAGGUGCCGGAAAGUCGUCACUGCUCACCUGUCUUUUGCGGCUCAUUGAGCUGGAGGAGGGCAAGAUCCGCAUCGACGGCAUCGACAUUCGAGAGGUUGGGCUGACGGAUCUGAGGACGAGGAUCGGAUACCUGCCACAGGACCCUGUGCUCUUCUCGGGGACAAUUCGGAGCAACCUCGAUCCAUUUGGCCAGUAUGACGAUGCGAGGCUAUGGGAUGCCCUCAAGCGUUCCUACCUCGUCGGCCAGGACUCUGACCUGGAGCACCAGACUGCGGUCCAUGUCGAGGGAGAGAAGCACCAGCAGCAGCAGAUCACCCUCGAUACCCCUCUGGAGGAAGAAGGGAAUAACCUCUCGCUGGGCCAGCGUUCCCUCGUCUCGCUCGCGCGCGCGCUGGUAAAGGACUCGCAGAUCAUUCUCCUCGACGAGGCCACAGCAUCCGUCGAUGUGCAGACAGACGCGCUGAUCCAGCAGACGAUCCGCACCGAGUUUGCCAAAAAGACACUCAUCACCAUCGCCCACCGCCUCAGGACCGUGAUUGCUUACGACCGCAUCGCUGUCUUUGAGCAGGGCAGGCUCGAAGAGUACGACACGCCGACGCGGCUCUUUGACCAGCAAGGCUACUUUUUCCAAAUGUGCCAAAAGGCAAACAUCUCGCGAGACGACGUCGUGCGUGCCCAAGAGGCUGCGCAUGCUUCCUCUCAAUAAUGCUUAUCAUAGCUUUUUCCCGGAUGGUCAUCUCUCUUGCCCUUACGGACGCUUUUCAAUUGUAUUAAUGACACUCUUGAUAAUAAUUACUGCGCCUUGUGCAAACGUUAAGCCUCGUACGCUG